AUAAUUAUUUCAGAGAAUGCUAUCAACUCGUCUUGUCCAAGACAUUCCUGUCGAAGGACCACCGCGCCCUGUUGGAAAAGAUCUGUACACAUUGUCUUUGUUGGCACAAUACAAUGACAUUUUAAACCAACGAGUGCUAUUUACUCAGAAUCAACCAAACCCACCAUCGGAAACGCAGUUGACUAAGAAAAGCAAAUUAAGCCAAUAUUUAGACCUGAAACCUUAUGAAGGAAUGUUCAAGACCCCAUCAACACUACCCCCAAGAUUGGAAACCCAACGGACCAAGAGUAAGAGAAACAAAUUAAACCAACAUUUAGACUGGAAUCCUUAUGAAGGAAUAUUCAAGAGACAAUCUACGGCUGUAGCCGUAGAAGCAUGCCCAAGCGUCAGCAGAUGGGAACGCAUUACAGAAGGACGAACACUCAAUAAUACUUUGGUGGAAUUAUUAGACUCGCAGUGGUUCUGGAAAACAGAUUGCUUCAAUAGUGGCACCUCAUGUCGAGGGUUCACCGGAACUAGGAGCCAGUGUUUACCUAAGCAUAGUUGGGUACCUGCGUUUGCGCGCGAAAAAGGAACUAACAAUCAAUAUUCAUGGUUCUACAUGGCCAUAGCAUCUUGCUGUGAAUGCGCAGUUAGGCUUUGAUAAUAAUUAUUUGUGAAUUUAAAGAUAAAUAUUAUAUGUUGAACUAAUGAAAACAAUUAAAAAAUUAAAUCUAAUAUUUGUCUUGAUUAGGACCAUGCAUAAUUAAGUUAUUAGCUUCCAAUUAUAAUAAAAACAGAAAUAUUUUUUAGUUAAUUAAAUUUUGUUUCCAUUAAAUUGCUACACUGUCUCUACCGUGUUUUCACUGCAAUUGUGACACUGCGUAUGUUGCUCCGACGCAACCAGAAGGGCUCCUCAAAUAUCAAUGUAGAAUAAUAAUAGGUACAAUGGGCCAACAUAGUUGAGAUCCCGGUGGCGGAAGUGCGUAAAUCAGAAAUACUUUUGUCAUUUGUUGUAAUUCACAUUUUAAAAAUUAUUUUUUUCACUUAUUUAUUCAAACUAUUUAAUCGUUUUAAGAAUAUAUUUGAUUUAUGAUUUAAUUUAUUAUUAAAUGAUAUAAAGUAUAUUCUAACUUGGUGCCUUGAGUAUUUUAAUGUGUAAUGCAAUUCACCCAGAAUCAUAGCCCACACACCAGCGUAUUUGUGAUUAAUACCAACACCGCUGAGAAGAUUUCGUAGAUCAGAAACGCAGCAGUCUGACAUUAUAUCAAUCCCACCCACAUAAAAUUGUAAUUAGAAAUAUUAUCAUCGUCAUAUUUCAUCUUAUCAAUUAACAAGUGAUUGAGAUUUCCAGUUUUAAUUUCAUGACUGCUCACUUUUUGUUUUAUAGUUAGUGCACCGCAAUGCAAUUUGAUUCAUUAGGCCUAUAUAUAGGCAGUUUUUGUGGGGUUAUUAUUUUUUUUAAAGACGUACUGGUAUGCUUAAGCUAUUGGUAUACAUCACUGUUUGAUCGUGAGCAAGUUGAUCGGAUGGAAGAUGGCAAGAAAACCAGGGGUAUUAGUUACGGUACUACAACCGCUAUGCCAUUUUCGAUUAUUGGCUAGUUUCUUUCUAACGUCACUGGUACCAAUACACAUCUGUGAAUUGAGAUAUAAUUUAGGCAUUAAUUAUUCACUUACGUAAACGAAAAAAAAAAACACAUUGUAAUAUUUUGACGUAGACCGGAGCACAUUUAUAUAGGUUCAUAGAUGCAGUUAAGAAUUUGUUCGUCUUACGCGCGUUAGGUAAAUGUGAAUUGACAGAAUGGGGUAUAAAGGGGGAAUUUUAAAUUAAAUUAGAAAUGAAUAUUUACACUUAGAGAGUAAUCAAAUUUAAAUAAAUUGAUUCGUAGUCGGAAUAUAAAAUACUGCUACCAGUUAUAACAUUGCACACCAAGUUCAUUCGUUUGCACAGGAUUGGAUCUAAAAUCAUUGCAUGUCAUAAGAGUAUUGCACUGAUGACACCGACUAUACUGCAAGAAGAAAAUGUUCCCUUCGUUAAAUAUUAAAGCACUCGUAGUUGUAAUAGGAUCAGAAAACAGAUGUUGGCUUAUUUUACUGAUUCUUAUCAUUGUAUAAUAAUAUUAUAUUGAAACAGGUGAUUUUUUUUAAAUCGAUGUUGCACAAUAUUGUUUGGAUAGGCUAAUAAGUAAUAUUGAACUAAAAUGCCUAUUAUAGCCAACUCAAAUAGACAGUCUACUUCAGACGUUUCAAAUUAAUUUCCUUAAUCCGUGGUAGUCUAUUGUUAUUUUUCCCACGAUGCAAGGUCAAAUAGUGAAGAUGUUUUAAUGAAAAUAAGCUGUAAUUAAAAAACCUAGGCCUAUAUUAUUUAAAUUUUAUUUGUUCAUGAUUGCCAUAUCUAUUAUAUAUUUCGUUCUUUAUUAGAACAUUAUUAGGAGUUUCUGAUGUUAAUAAAAAAAUAAUAAACAACGAUAAUUAUAUCAAUAUUGCUUCGCUCAGCCUGUUUUAAGAGUGGCUGGUAAGUCACUUGUUAUUUCUGUAUUUUUCUCACGAUGCUAAGUCAAAUACUUUAGGUGUGUGGAUGAAAAUAAAAGAGACAUACAGCAUAGGCUUAUAUAGUUUACAUGUUUUUGUUCAUGGUUGCCAUAUCGAUUAAAUUAUUUCGUUCUUUUUUCCAAAAUCAUCAGGAAUUCCCGAUGCCUUAAAAAAAGUAAAAAAAUAAACAACGAUAUUUAUACCAAUAUUGUUUCAUUCAGCCUGUGUUGAGAGUGCAUGGCAUUUUAUUAUCAUAUUAUAAUGUGGUGGACCACAUUGCUUUUGCAUUGCAUAGCCUUUUUUUGUACAUUUUAAGUGGAUUAUGUUUGUGAGCUGAGAAAUUUUUUUAACCAGAUUUUCGAAAUAAGCCUAUAUGAAAAUGUAACUUCUAUUGGUGACAUACACACUCUGAAAAACAUUUGAAAGGCUGAUAGUGCUAUUUCCGAGCUAUCUAGUGCCGUUUUCGAAACACUGUGGUAAGGUAAUUGCA